AAAUGUGUCAGGCAUAUGUUUGCCGUGGGCGGGAGUAGACAUGUGUUUAUAAAGCUCCGUGGGGCGGCGACAGUGUGUUAAGAAGCAAAAGAGAGCGCACGACAGAGAAACCGUCAAUUCACCCGAUGUUAGGUAGGGGAGGCGGGUCGCCCUCUGCCGCUCCGUCUCCUCACCUGUAUGGAUGACCACUACAACCUUAUUGACUCGCCCUCAGCCAGCCAUAGAGGGAACAACGCCGACAACCACGGGUACGCGGAGACGGAGAAGGACAUCAUGACAGUGGUCGCGUGCGAUAAUAUGCUGGAGGAAACCGCGGCGCUGCCCAGUCACCUGUCGCUGGAUCGAUACGAGCCGGACCACGAGUGCUGCGAGCGAGUGGUCAUCAACAUCUCGGGACUGCGCUUCGAGACCCAGCUGAAAACUUUCAACCAGUUCCCGGACACGUUGCUCGGGGACCCGAAAAAGAGAAUGCGCUACUUUGACCCGCUCAGAAACGAGUAUUUCUUUGACAGGAACCGACCGAGCUUCGAUGCCAUCCUGUACUACUAUCAAUCAGGGGGGCGUAUUCGGAGACCCGUGAAUGUUCCCAUUGACAUAUUUUCGGAGGAAAUUCGCUUUUAUCAACUUGGCGAGGAAGCCAUGGAGAAAUUUCGCGAGGACGAGGGAUUUAUCAAAGAAGAAGAGCGACCGUUGCCAGACCACGAAUUUCAAAGACAGGUUUGGCUUUUGUUUGAGUACCCAGAGAGCUCUGGUCCUGCGAGGGGCAUUGCUAUUGUGUCUGUUUUGGUCAUUUUGAUUUCCAUUGUUAUUUUCUGUUUGGAGACCCUGCCCGAGUUCAGGGACGACAAGGACCCAACUACUGUCUCACCUAUUGUAAAUGGCACUGGCCCUUUUGUGUCCAGCACUUUCACAGACCCUUUCUUUGUGAUUGAGACCCUUUGCAUCAUCUGGUUCUCUUUCGAACUGCUCGUGCGAUUCUUCGCGUGCCCCAGCAAGGCUACUUUUUCCAAAAACAUCAUGAAUAUUAUUGAUAUUGUGGCUAUUAUUCCUUACUUUAUCACUCUGGGGACGGAGCUGGCCGAGAGGCAAGGCAACGGCCAGCAAGCCAUGUCGCUCGCCAUCCUCCGUGUGAUCCGUCUGGUGAGGGUCUUUCGCAUCUUCAAGCUCUCGCGACACUCCAAAGGCCUCCAGAUUCUCGGCCAGACCCUAAAAGCCAGCAUGAGGGAGCUGGGACUCCUCAUCUUCUUCCUUUUCAUUGGAGUCAUCUUGUUUUCCAGCGCAGUCUACUUCGCGGAGGCAGAUGACCCAAGCUCGAGUUUCAGCAGCAUCCCUGAUGCUUUUUGGUGGGCUGUGGUUACCAUGACCACUGUUGGCUAUGGAGACAUGCAUCCAGUAACCAUAGGAGGCAAAAUUGUGGGUUCUUUGUGCGCCAUCGCUGGUGUAUUGACCAUUGCGCUGCCCGUACCUGUCAUUGUGUCCAAUUUCAAUUACUUCUAUCACCGGGAAACCGAUGGGGAAGAGCACGCACAAUACCUCCACGUUGGCAGCUGUCAGCAUCUCAACUCCACAGAAGAUCUGAAACGGACACAGAGCACAUCCUCCCUCAGUAAAUCGGAAUAUAUGGUGAUAGAGGAAGGAAUAAAUAGUGCUUUCAAACAGCCAAACUACUCCAACCAGAACAAUCAAAACUGUGUGAAUAUUAAAAAGAUUUUCACAGACGUGUAAAUCAUGUGCAGUGCCAGACGGUCUUACAACAAUCAUCAUGAUGGCACCACUGCAAAUGUAAGGUGGCGCGUUAUUAGGGUACAACGGGGCUAAAAGCCCCCCUUUAAAGGGAAAAUGUAUGUAUGUCACAGAAUUUUUUUUACUGAAUAUUGGAGAAAACUUAUUUGUAUAAAGUAAAUGCAAGAAGUAGUAAGUUUUGAUUUAAAAGGCAAGGGAAGAAUUUGUCACCAUAUGCAAAUAUUUUUGAUAUAGCAAGAUAUUUUUUAGAGUAGUGCUUUUAAUCGAUUAAUCGCGAUUAAUCGCAUCUAACAUAAAAGUUUGUAAAUAUAUAUACAUAUAUACAUAUAUAUUUACAAAAGUAACAAUUCAUUUUAUGUUAGAUGCGAUUAAUCGAUUUGACAGCACUGCUUAAAUGUUACUCUAAAAUAGUGCUGUCAAAUCAAUUAAUUGUGAUUAAUCGCAUCUAACAUAAAAGUUUGUAAAUAUAUAUAAAUAUAUGCAUACAUUAUAUAUUUACAAACUUUUGUUAGAUCACAUCUAACAUAAAAGUUUGUAAAUAUAUAUACAUAUAUAUUUACAAACCUUUAUGUUUCGCGAUUAAUUGAUUUGACAGCACUAUUUUAGUGUAACAUUUAAGUAAAAAUACCACUUCAGCGAACCAUGUAGCUAUUUUUAGCACCGUCAUAUUCCCUCCCAAAAACUAUUCCCUCCCAAUUACAGAACACAGUUAGUUGGACUACAGGUAGUCUCCAUCAUCAUCCUUUACCAACCUUCUGUAACAGAGUUUUUGGUUAGGUUACACUUAUUCAACAGAUACUGAAAAAUGAAAAAAAAUUAAAUCACCUUCAUCAAAACUUAAAAUCAUAAAUCUAUAAGACUUUUACCUCGAGAUAUAUGUAAUAAUUCCAAAGAUUUCUAUUAGCUACAUAAAUCUGAAAGAAAAAAGUCUUUUUUCCCAUUGCACACCUCAUGAAUCAGGACAAUUUAGCAGUGCAUAGAGACAAACAGGUGUUUAGGAAAGUACUGUGGUAGUUUUUGUUGCUAUUCAGAGCUUUGGGAGCAAAUAAAUCACAGGGCUUUUUACCCCUGAGGGCCUUUAGAUCCGUUGUACCCUACAUGUUAUGGACAAGCCAGCAUAUUACACUGAAGGCGCUUUUUUGGUAGAAAGGUGCCAAACUCCGAUUCACGUGUUGCAUUUGUCUACAGCACAAAGGAUAAGGUUCAGGUCAGGGACUAAAAAGAAGCACCGCUCACACUGCAAAUAUUGUGCUCGUAAGUCUGCGUUUGUUAUCAGUGUUAACAUAUAAUCAUCAUAAUACAUUAGUAUUUGCAAUAUCUAUUGCAAAGUGAAACAACUGAAUAUGUGUCGCUGUUAUUGUGAACAAACUGAAGAUAAUGCUGUGUUGAUCACAUGUAUUUUGUUGAAUAUAUAUAUGGGUGAUUCAAUUAGGGGAACUUUUCUGUCACUUAAGAUGAUUUUACAGAAAAAUGCUUUUAUAAAAAAAAACAACAAACCAAAAAUCCUAUCCUUGUUUCAAAGUUUAGAUUAAAAUAGAUUUUAAUGUGUCUCUUUAAUAGAGUGCAACAGUUGCAUUCUGGAGGUAAAAACUGCAUUCAUUUUCUUCAUGGGGAAAUUGAUUUUGAAUGAUAACUUGUAAUGAUAACUUGAUUUUCAAAAACAUUUUUUGCUUGAAAUUAAAGUUUGUAGUGUUAUGAGUCACCUCGUAGCUGAUUGGCUUGGUUCAUGGCUUAUAACGCUUUAACAAGGGCUUUUUUUUUUUUUUUUAAAUCCCUAUGGGAAAAAUGAACGGAAAAAUACUUCCAAAACCAGCGCCGCUGAAAAAGGGAACGGGCACUGUUGCACUCUAUUGCUUUUUCCUCAUUUAAUUUGCCAAAAUUGUCUCCUACCUUGACUUUUUAACUUCUCUUCUACCAUAAACAUAUAAAAUGUUCAAACCAUUUUUUUUUUCAAAACCAUAUUUUUAAUUAAUUUGCUAUUUUUGUACAAGUAGAUUUUUUUAUAACAAAGAAUUGUUGUCCUCAAUAGUACUAUAAUUACAGAAUAAUUUUUAAAAAUUAACUAAUUUUUUGUUUUUUCCGAGAAAAUAUUUCUACUUGGUUAGGAUGAUAUGUGAAAGAAUAUCAAUAAUUUUAAGAGUUAAGAAGAAAUCAUGACCUUAGAGUAGAUUUAUAUUAGGUGUAAACAUUAUUUUAAUUCUGAAACAAUCCAUUUAUUAUACAUUUUUAAUUAGGUUAAUUGGCUCAUAACUGACAAACUUUUUUCUCAAGUUAUCAAAGCCAUCUGGUCUUUAUUCCACGAUAAAUAGCAUAGAUUACGAUUUUCAUUAAGUGCCCCUAAUUGAAGAAUCACCCAUACAUUUCAGUGCAGACUCCAUUUAAACGCAAUGAAUGUGAAAAAAACAAUACGUUUUGUUAAUAAUGUAAUCAAAGAUGUGUGUCUAUUGAAUUUGACUUGCCUGUACCAAAUGAAAUUGGUUAAUACUGAAUGAAAGAAAAUAGAUCUUUAUUUUGUAAUCAAGUUAUUCGGUGUGUGCAAAGAUGUAGUCAUCUCCAGAUUAUGUAAAACUCAAAUCACGUCUAGCCUAAAAAUAGUACGUUCACGAUUUCCCUCAAAGUGAGACGUCACAGUGGUUUUGAAUUAUGAAAAAAAGAAGCAGCUGAAAAGGUGGCUUGGAUGUUAGGGGAAAGAAAAAGCUGCUGGACUCAUCGCCUCAGUGGCAUGGGAUGGGAGACUACGAGAUCAGAGACUGACUGAAAGACUGAGAGAUCACGCCUUGAGUCCGCCUUGUGAUGCAGUCUCCAUGGCGACUACAGUUUCCUGGAAAACAACAUGGAAGUCUGUCCACUGGAAUUUGCUGAUGAUGGAUAUUAGGCUAAUAAGACAAAGUGAAAUACUCUUGUGACGUACUCCAAAACAACGAAGGCAACAGGAUUCAGAAGCUUUCGUGAAUCAUGCACAGGCCAUAGAAUAAAUGCCUUUCAGAGGGAUUCAAAAAAUCAAAUUGCGGAGGUGCUGGAUCCAUAUCCAACCUAUUCCAGCACAAAUUACGCCCUUCAGGCUUCGGGGGAGAUCCACGCAGUGCCUAGGACCGAUGACCAAUAGAAACGGAGGCCGUUAACCUUUCUGCUACCAAAACAGAACUGAACUCACCUUCAAACAACACAGAAGAUGCCCGCAUAUCUCUACUGCCACUUCCCAUUUACGUCUGGCUAAAUCACAGUGAGCCGCAACACUCUAGAAGUGGCCUUUUCUGGGGUAAAUUCUGCAGGUUCACAUUUAAUAAGAAGAAAGCAAUAUGAAGUGAACUGAACUGUUGAACUGUUGGACAUGAGCUGAUCAUCUAUGAAUCUACUGCCCUCUGCUAUCUGGCAGAUAUUAAUCAAGCUGUUUUAUGGUGUCCAUCAUGUAUUUACAGUUUAGCUGUUGUUGUGCCAGAUGUGAGAACUGUGUGAAAACUAAAUCUUUCUUGCUCUUUGA